AUGAAGGUCAAGGGCUGGCUUCGGACACUAUCGCCCCGGACUCUGGUCACGCCGGAUACGGCUUUGUCAUUCACCGGAACGGAACCACUGUUUCGAGCGGCAAAGGCCGUCUUGGACCUGCGGAGGUCUUCGACGCUGAGGCGACAGUUCCAAUCCUUGGCUCGAGAACACGGAGCUGUGGAGAUCCGCUGGAUCCCCGGACAUGCUGAUAUCCCAGGUAACGAGGAGGCAGAUGCUCUGGCAAAGGCAGGAGCUUCGCUGCCCGAACCCGCCGACAACACCCCGACACUAGCGCACCUGCGAAGAAUUGCCCGACAGCAGCCGAAAGUGGCUUUCAAGGCCUGGUGGGAAACGUCUGCGCCGAAACGAUACAAAGAGCUGGGCCUCAAUGCCACAACCAGCUGUCCGCCGGAAUUGACGCUUUCUCGGAACCUGCUCCAUCACUUGCUUGCAGCAGGAACCCACCACGGGGAUUUUGCUGACUACCAUAAAAGGUUCGCGCCUACGCACAUUUUCUACUGCAGAAAGAUCGCGCCGCACCACAGGCUGCGGCUUGGCCCCUCGCCAGCUGCAGCCGUCAGUCGAGCGUUAGGCGACGACUUCGACAAAUUCGUCAGGCUGGUAAAAGCGAGCUCCUUCUUCGUGAGGACCUGCCCUCGCCACUAG